AUGAUUUUUCGCCAGGGCCGUGCUUGUGUGGCGGCGCUUGGCUGCUUGGUAGCAGCCGUUCAUGUAUUUGGCAACCUGUCGUUGGAUUGCGUUCGUGCCACAUCUGUGGGUAGUGUCGGCAAGAACACUGAUGACAAGGGUAAGGUGGCCAGUACCAAAAUUGAUUUAGACCCUGAGGAUCUCCAUGGACAUGUCUACCUUCCAUUGGUUGAACAAGUGGAUCCAAUGCGCUUAGAAGAGCACGAGUGCAGGUACCCUGCGGAUGGUGAAGGUGUCGGACGGCUUGAUUUGCGUGUCACGGAGAAUCUAAUUGUCGGUUUCCAUUGCCACGGAGGAACCACCGAAGAACUCACACCAGAUAAGGGUUCGGCGGCAUUCAGGGUAAACAGUGACGGAUAUUGUGACACCACUACUGUCGUCGAUGUUGACACUCUGACUCCCAAUGCCCUAUUCUAUCAGCCUUCUCAGCCCGACGGCCGUCUUGUCGGCAACGCGGUUUUCUUCGCUGGCGGACUGCCGCUUGACAGCGAGAAGAAAGCGUGCUUCGUUUGCAAAGGGAAGACCGUAAGUAACAAGGGCAAGUCGUGCGAGGUGAUUGUAACGGUCCCCAAAGCGUCCUUGCCAAAUUCUUGGGUGUGCAACCCCGAAGCCCCUCCGUCAGUCAACACGUUGGCGUUUCGCGACGAUGGGACAGCGAAAGAGGCCUUCGUCCACUGCCCACCAGGGUAUUCAAAACUCGACUCACCAGACAAAGACGGCUAUGUAAUGACGGGUCCACAGUGUAUGACCAAAGCAAAGCUGGAAGAUGUCUUGGGGUCGGGCUCUACCAUCAAGACAGUAGAACUUAAGUCCCCACCAAGUGGUGUUUCCAAAUCCUAUCAAGUCACCGCUACGUCUUCCUUCCCAAAACCGCGCAUGCUCUGCAUGAAAUGUUUUCCAGGCGACAGUGAGGAUAAGCCCUCUGAAACAGACGCAUGCCUGUUGAAAGUCCUUCUGCCUGUCUUCGGAGAAAAAGGGAAAGAAGCUGGAAAAACGCUAGAACAGACAACCGGUGAAACGGAAACGCCAUCUGAGACAACAACGUCAGCUGGAGUUGUGCUUUCUUGUGCCACAUCCGCUGCCCUUCUUGCGCCGAUUUCCGUGUUAAUGUCCGUUGCCAUGUGA